AUGUUACGACAAAAAAUCAUCGACGAUAUAUAUACAUUGCGAAAUAAAGAAUUAUAUCCAAAAGUUGAGAAAGACGUUAUAGAAGAUUACGAAUAUAUUGAUAAUAAAAAAAAACCAAUAACACCGAUAAUAAUUAAAAGCAAAACAAAAUCUCAUGCCGCACUAAGACUGCCAGCGAUAAAGAAAACAACAACUGUCAAAUUUGACAACACCACUCCCGCCAAAAUGAGAAUUGGCAAUGAUAACACUUCAUUCAGCAAAACGCGUGCGAAUAAACGUAUACGUAAAGUAAAAAGGGUACGCAUAAAAAAGCCGUUAGAAAUAUUUUAUAGGCGAGGUUAUAAUAAGGAUUUAUUAAGUCAGCGCAUAGAAUGGGUGCAUUGUAUGGACAUGAUCACUCCUUUGUUGAAUGGUGUUAAAGUAAAUAUCAGUAAUCCUAAACGUCUCAGUCCGAGAGAUGCUACUGUAAAAAGUACUGUGGAAAAAAUUAAGAAGGGUCGUUGGGGAUCAGAAAACUUAAAGAUCGCAAUUGAAAAAGUAAUCAUGAAAAAAAUGACUUUAAGAGAAGCAGCUUCGAGAUAUGGCAAUCCCACUACUACUUUAUAUGAUAAGUUGAAAUUAAUAAGAGAUGGUAGCACGUUACGAAAUAGCAGCAGCCAGUGUACCGGUAUAUAUCCAUUUAAUGAAAAUAUCUUUAGCGAUUUGGACUAUAUACCAAGUGACAUUACAAACAUUCCAAUAGAAGAGGUUGACGUAGAACAAAUUAGAGUCGAUCAUCUUCCACCUGAUGUUCCUCAAAAAAUUUCAGAGCAAAUACCUACUUCCCCCCUAUUACCGCAAAAUCUUCCACGACAGCCUUCUACUAGCAAAGAUCCAGAUUUUGUACGAAAAACCAUUUUUAACAUUUCACCAUUACCAGACGCCGCAAAGAAAAGAGCUCAAACCAGAAAACGAAAAUCUGAGAAAAGUCAAAUUCUGACAUCUUCUACAUACAAAUUGAUCCUGGAAAGUAAAAAAAAUGAGAAAAAGCUUAAGGAGGAAAAGAAAAGACAGAUAAAACAGAAAAGAUUA